UUCUUCCCCGCGGUCGACCAGUCGAUACCACUCCCCUCCUUAAACCCUAGCCCCCCGCCGCCGCCGCCGCCCGCCGCGCCAUGGAGGCCAGCCUCAAGCGCAAGGCCGCGGACGCCCCCGCCGACGGGCCCGACCCCCCUCUCAAGGCGCCGCGCGCGGACGCCGCUCCCCUGCUGCCGGCCGCCGCCGAGCGCGUCGCCUGCCUGCACGACGUCUCCUACCCCGAGGGAUACGACGCGUCCGCCUCCGGCCCGCGUGUCGUCGCGGGCGGCGGCGAGGGCGCGGCCCCGGCCAAGACGUUCCCCUUCCCGCUCGACCCCUUCCAGUCCGAGGCCAUCCGCUGCCUCGACAACGGCGAGUCCGUCAUGGUUUCGGCGCACACGUCGGCGGGGAAGACGGUGGUGGCGCUGUACGCGAUAGCCAUGUCCCUGCGCAACCAGCAGCGGGUCAUCUACACCUCGCCCAUCAAGGCCCUCAGCAACCAGAAGUACAGGGAGUUCAAGGAGGAGUUCUCCGACGUCGGCCUCAUGACCGGGGACGUCACCAUCGAGCCAAACGCAUCUUGCUUGGUCAUGACCACGGAGAUUUGGCGCAGCAUGCAGUACAAGGGGUCCGAGGUGAUGAGGGAAGUCGCUUGGGUUAUCUUCGAUGAGGUGCAUUACAUGCGUGACAGGGAGAGGGGAGUGGUGUGGGAGGAGAGUAUUGUGAUGGCUCCCAAAAACUCGCGGUUUGUGUUCCUCUCGGCAACUGUACCUAAUGCCAAGGAGUUUGCUGAUUGGGUUGCCAAGGUACAUAAGCAACCUUGUCAUAUAGUAUACACCGACUACCGACCUACACCUCUCCAGCAUUAUGUAUUUCCUGCUGGAGGUGAUGGCCUAUACCUGGUCGUUGAUGAAAACGGCAAGUUCAGAGAGGACAGUUUUCAGAAAUCUCUGAAUGUCCUUGCCCCUGCUACUGGCAGUGACAAGAAGAGGGAAAACGGGAAGCGGCAAAAGGGCCUCGUCUCGGCAGGCAAAACUAACGAAGAAAGUGACAUAUUCAAGAUGGUGAAAAUGAUAAUUCAGCGUCAAUAUGACCCUGUGAUACUUUUCAGCUUUAGCAAAAGAGAGUGUGAAUUUCUUGCUAUGCAGAUGGCCAAGAUGGACUUGAAUGGAGAUGAUGAGAAAGUGAACAUUGAAACCAUUUUUUGGAGUGCCAUGGAUUUGCUUUCAGAUGAUGACAAAAAGCUUCCCCAGGUUUCAAAUAUGCUUCCCUUAUUGAAACGUGGCAUUGGAGUGCAUCAUUCUGGUCUGUUGCCCAUUUUAAAGGAAGUGAUUGAGAUACUUUUCCAAGAGGGCCUCAUCAAGUGUCUGUUUGCCACAGAGACAUUCAGUAUUGGAUUGAACAUGCCUGCAAAGACUGUUGUGUUUACCAAUGUACGUAAGUUUGACGGAGAUAGGUUCAGAUGGUUGUCAAGUGGAGAGUACAUUCAGAUGAGCGGCCGUGCUGGUCGUCGAGGUAUUGAUCUGCGUGGUAUCUGCAUAUUGAUGGUAGAUGAGAAAAUGGAACCCUCAACUGCCAAAAUGAUGCUGAAAGGAGGUGCUGAUAGUUUGAACAGUGCCUUUCAUUUGAGCUACAACAUGUUGUUGAAUCAACUGCGCUCUGAGGAUGGUGACCCGGAAAAGCUUCUUCGGCAUUCAUUCUACCAAUUUCAAGCAGAUAGAGUUCUCCCUGAUCUCGAGAAGCAAGUCAGGGAACUGGAAAUAGAAAGAAGUUCCAUGGUUAUUGAAGACGAGGAGAGCGUGAAGGACUACUAUGAUCUCUUACAGCAGUACAGAACUUUAAAGAAGGAUGUCCGUGAUAUUGUACUUUCGCCAAAAUAUGUUCUGCCUUUCUUGCAAUCCGGAAGGCUUGUUCGUGUUCAAUACAGUACAGAUGGGUCCACCUUCUCUAUUGACGAAAAUGUGUCGUGGGGAAUUAUAAUAAAUUUUGAGAAGGUGAAAACCAAUGCUGAAGAAAGAAGACCCGAGGAUUGUGAUUACACUGUUGAUGUCCUCACCAGAUGUUCUGUAAUCAAGGACAUAAGUGGAAAGAAGACAAUGAAGGUUAUUCCUCUCAAAUCCCGUGGAGAACCGGUUGUUAUUUCAUUGCCACUUUCUCAGAUUGAUGGACUAAGUAGCGUUCGGAUGUACAUACCCAAGGAUCUUUUGCCUGUAGAAGCUCGAGAAAACACAUUGAGGAAAGUUGACGAAGUGCUUUCAAGGUUUGCUAAAGAUGGGGUUCCUCUCUUGGAUCCAGAAGAAGAUAUGGAAGUAAAAUCUAGCUCCUACCGGAAAGCUGCCAGAAGAAUAGAAGCUCUUGAGAGCUUAUUUGAGAAGCAUGACAUUCGUAAUGCUCCCCAUAUCCAACAGAAGCUGAAGCUCUUGCAUGCUAAGCAAGAAAUAAAAGCCAAAAUAAAGUCCAUAAAGAAAACAAUGCGGGCCUCGACUGCUCUAGCCUUUAAGGACGAGCUCAAGGCACGAAAACGAGUUCUUCGUAGGCUGGGAUAUAUCACCAGUGAGGAUGUAGUCGAAAUAAAGGGCAAAGUGGCAUGUGAGAUCAGCUCAGCUGACGAACUGACAUUGACCGAGCUUAUGUUCAGUGGUACUUUGAAGGAUGCUACUGUGGAGCAGAUGGUGGCCCUGCUUUCUUGCUUUGUUUGGCAGGAAAAGCUUCAGGAUGCCCCAAAGCCAAGGGAGGAGCUCGACCUGCUCUUCUACCAGUUGCAAGAGACGGCGCGAAGGGUCGCGAACCUCCAGCUUGAAUGCAAGAUCCAGAUCGAUGUUGAGAGUUUCGUGAACUCCUUCCGCCCCGACGUGAUGGAGGCCGUGUACUCGUGGGCCAGAGGGUCGAAGUUCCACCAGAUCAUGGAGAUGACACAGGUGUUCGAGGGCAGCCUGAUCAGGGCCAUCAGGCGGCUGGAGGAGGUCCUGCAGCAGCUGAUCCUGGCGUCCCAGUCGAUCGGCGAGACCCAGCUCGAAGCCAAGCUCGAGGAGGCGGUCAGCAAGAUUAAGAGGGAUAUCGUGUUUGCUGCGUCGCUGUACUUGUGACUCUCCUGUGUGGUUGGGUUCCAUCACAGGAGCUCAUGCGCAGGGGGGGGGGGGGGGGGGGGGGGGGGGGGGGGGGGGGGGGGGGGGGGGGGGGGUAGAGAGGUUAUCAUGUCUGCUGUUCUUGUCCAGCGCCAUCGACAUGGACACGGUCGGGCUCCCUUGACUGGUUUGCUGUAACACGGAGCGGCAUGUUGUCGCCAUGGCGGGGAUACAAUUUUGUAGGCUGUAGAAGCAGUAAGUCGUGAUUGAAUUGAUUAGGGUUUUGGUCCAAGGACUCAAACUUGUAUCCUUUUUCUUCUUCCCUGUACACAGAAACAGAGAAUUGGACUAGAGAUGUACCUGAAUUGAUAUGCGGAGAAUGACGAGUGUCUGAUAGUAUUUUUCUUUUGA